UUGAAAUGGCCGGGAGUGUUCCAUCAAUUCGAGUUUGCUAAAAAAAAAAAAAAGGUUUACCUAUUUCUGGUCGAACAACCAGUUUAGUUGUGUCCGUGUGUUCAUCGAAUGUGUCACUCGGUUACGGUGUCGUGCCAUAUCAGACAUUCAUGUUAAACCCGGUGCGUCGAUCCAGAACCUAAUUCGCUUUGAACGGGGGGCUCGUUUUGCGCAGAUGUGACGUAUGACAGCGGUACUAGUCGGUUGACUUGCAUUGGGAAGUAAUUGAAUUUGAGAUGUGUUUUUUGUGGAGGCUGUUUCGUAAUACGAAGCAGGCCGGCUGGGCUGGGCUGGGGCCUGAUCGGGCCAAGGGCGAGGGCCCAACGUUAGAUGAUGGAAUGAACAGAAAUUUCAUACUUGUCAGUAACCUGGACCUACUAUCCAUUACAUCAGGAGUUUCAUCAGGUGGAGCAGAUCUUCUCAGUCGUCUUCUUUCUGACCCAAAUGAAAAACCAACGAAGAAGAAUAAGGACUUUGACGUUAAUAUGAUCAUACCGUAUUAUUUUUACCGAUAUCGAUGCAUCCGCAUAAAUAACUCCAUCGGUCGUUGUCCACAUUCGGGCCUCAUUAGACUUCGGUACGAAAUCAUCCAUGCAAUGCUGAAGAGUGGAGGAAACAGCACUACCUUCUUAGACCAUAAAGCACGAAACUACGGCAGAAUACAGAAUUCCGAGACCAUCAGAGCGCACGGCAAAUGCGUUUCGUCGUAUGUUGGCAUUUCUGUAAUUUCCUGAAGGAAUUUUUGAGAGCACUCGCCUCAGGGCCGCUCCACUGAAUAUACUCGAGAGGGUUUCCAAGCUGCAUGAAGCGUGAGCCUGCAUGUUUGUUGUGCUUUAAUAAUACAAUAGAAACAUCUCGCUGCCCAGUCUCGAUCAUUGCGCCCACUUCUUAUUUCUGCUGGCAGCGGAUUCAUCUCAACGGUAAUGAACCCGUUAUCAAGAUAUUUUAAUCGAAAAAUUGCUUUUCCUAAUAAUAAUAAUAAUAAUAGCGAAAAUUGGCUUAGUGAGCCGAAUUACCGAAACGCCCCCCCAUGGGCGAGACCCAAAAAUAAAUGUACACUAUAGGAUUACUGCACUUACGUUUCCCUGUGUCACAGCUGACCGUUUGCACAACUAAUGCGUACUGUAAAAAGAUACGCCAUGUCUAGCUGGCGAUAGUAAAAGUAUG